GACACAGGUGCUACACAAACACAAUGAUUGACCUGCAAUCACUCAUAUCUUUGGAUUCUUUUCUCACACAAACACAAAUACACUCACUUUUUUUCUGUGCAUAAGACACAGUGUCCACUCAUUUUUUGCUCUCUCACCAAGUAACUCACACACGCAAUUCUCCUCUAGUCUUGCUAACCAACUCACACUCACAGCACACCACACAUACCGGUCGUAUUGGAGUUGGCGGCUCUUUUGUAUAUGGCACUUGUGGAUGUACAGGUCUCUGUACGCGUUUUCAAACAGAGUUUUGGAGCUCUCUGUUUUUAGCCAAAAUUAAACAAGUCUUUGAGAUAAGUUUGCAGAGUUCUCUUAGCAUCGAGAAUCCCUUAAAGCAUUCAUUCCAGAUAGUACUCUUGUUGAUUCAAGAAAAGCAUAUUUUGUCUCCUCUUCAAACGUAAGUUGCUCGGAAUCGGCUGCAGGUAUCCAACGCGGAUGCAAUCCGAGGGUCGGAUUCAAAAAAAUCUAGAUUUUAAGACUCAGGGGUACGGGUCCAAGUAUGGAUACGGGUGCUUGGAUUCGGCUAAAAAGUCCAAAAUUAUAAAAUCGAGCUAUAAAGCUAUUCUAAAUUUUUAAAUAUCUUCUAGGUCGCCUUCCCCAAUUACCCAACUUCUUCUUUCAAGCUGUCUAGUUCUUCCCCUCAAAAAAAAAAAAAAAAAAAAAAGAAAGAAGAGAAAUGUCAUUCAAGGCCUUCCUCCAACUCUCCUUACAAAUCAAAGCUACUGUCUACCAAAAAUCUGAACACAACCGCUUGAAUUCUUAGUUUCUCUUUGUUUGACCCAAAACAUGAAGCAACACAUAUUGAUCAAGAGGAUAAGCUAAAAAGGAGACAAAAGGACUAUAAUAUUGAAGUUAUGUCAUUUCUCAUGUCUUAGAUCCAUUUUAUCUUUUAUUUUGUGAAAUCAAAAUCCUUUUCUCAUGAAUGGGACUCGAGUCGAUUACCUUUGUAACAAGUUGGGCGUGAUUAAUAUCUGUGCUCCAACUUGAGGGGGAGCGUCACAAAAUAUAAUAUAGACAUCAUUCUUUGUGAUGUACAUAGGUUUAAUUAGCUAGCAGAUUUGUAGGAAUUUAGGGGGUGAAGUGGGUAAUCUGCCUGCCAUUUACCUUGGUUUGCCUCUGGGAGCAAAGUCCAAGUCUAAGGAAAUUUGGAAUGGGGUGAUUGAGAAAUGUGAGAAGAAGUUAGCAAGAUGGAAAUCCCAAUAUCUUUCUGUGGGUGAUGACUCUGAUUAAUUCUGUGCUUGAUGCACUUCCAACAUAUAUGAUGUCCUUAUUUCCUGUACCAACAGGAAUCAUCAAUAGAUUGGAUAGCAUCAGGAGGAAAUUUCUAUGGCAAGGGAACAAAGAAAAGAAGGGCUACCAUUUAGUCAAAUGGAAGGCAAUGACCAUUGAGAAGAGAACUGGUGGUUUGGGGAUCAAGAACUUGAAGAACCAAAGUAAAGCUCUCAGAAUGAAACGGAUUUGGAAGUAUGCUAAUGAAAAUCAGAACCUAUGGGGUAAUGUCAUCAAGAACAAAUAUGAGGAAGAUGAUAACUGGAUGACAAAGGAAGUCACUACUCCUUAUGGUGUCAGCUUAUGGAAGUCAAUCAGAAUGUUAUGGAAUCCCUCUUUAUUUUGUUUACUAUGUUAGCACCUAAUGUAUUGUAUUUAUAUCUUGCUUACAUGUUGAAAUAAGAUCGACUUCCAUUCAAUUGCACAUUUAAACAUGAGAGAUUCAUAUGUCCAACUAGCACUACAUUUAAACAGCUACGGACUAAUGACUAGAACAAACUUGCCAAUUCAAUCGACUUUAAGCCUAUAGGCAGUUCAAGUUCAUCACGGAUUCUAUUAGUCUCCAACUUUUGAGAGAAGAGGGCCGGGAUGUCUUGGGAGCGUUUGCAACAAAUUUUUGAUGUUAUAACCUCCCCUAAAAUUUUGAUAGAUGAAGUCCAGCUUUUUACAUUGGAACGGGGAUUCCACGAUAUUUUCAUCAGCUUGCAGAGCUUCACAGAUGAACCUAACAUGCGAGAUGUCACUCCGAAAAUCCAAACUCUUUUUAAAGAUGAUGCAUUUAACCUUUCUUCAUUGUACCUAACUGAGCCCUUCGAUCUCUUUGCCACUGAGCUGCAAAAUAAGAUUUUGUUGAUCAAGAGGGAAAUUAGAGCCAAAUACUCCUUUCCUAAAAUAUCAUUACCACUUCCAGCCAAGUUUGUUGGGGAUAUCCUCCCAUAUGUGCUAGAGAAUAUUGGUGGUCUAAAGAAGAUUCAUGAUCCAUAUUCACCACUUUAUGUUCCCAAAACAGUAUUGGAACAAAUAGAAGGAGUUUCAAAGGAAUUGAAAUCGCUGCAAAAUUUUGUCUGCUUUGUUUCAGAGAGGUUCAUAGAGCUUCAGAGCCAACAUCAUGUUAAUUUCUUUCUUCAUGUUUUAGCUGUGUCUGGCCACGCAUCAACACUUAUCUGGUUGUAUCUACCAGACUUUACUCCAGAGCAAAUGAAUGUUAUGCUUUCUGAUUUCUUGCGAAUGAGGAUUAAGCCCAUUCGACCAUGCAUUCGCAAGAUCUAUGUUGAUGUCAUUCAAUCUUUAAAGUCUACUGUACAAUCAGGAUGGUAUACCAACAUCCAAAAUGAGCAUGCAAUUGACAGUGAAGGGAGCUUUUUGGAGACUAUCCUACACAAUUUGGUGGAGGUGCAUGCUAAUAGCAACUCUACUCAGAGAGUUGCUUUGAGGGAUCAGUUGGAAACCCUUCAAAAGAUGCUCAACUUUUUGAGAUCCAAUAUCUUCCGUGUGCCAACAGAAGAUCUUGAAUUUCUUCUUCGAGAUAUAGAGAUUGCGAUUAUUGAUGUUGGACUUCUGGUUUAUUCGUUGUAUGAAGAUGAGGAGAAGGAAAACAUGACACUGGGAGAAGUGCACCUAGCACAAGUUCUUGAUUUUUUGGGCAAAAUUCAACGUCUAAGCAUAGCGAUCUACGUCACUAUUCGGAAGGCGUUUCAAUCUAAUUUGCCAAGGAUUCAUGGACUAGGCUAUGUUGAUUGCCUUUUAAACAACCUGAAGGAGUUCCAAAGCUGCCAUUCAGAUUCACUAGCUUCUUUCAUGGACGAACUUCAAUUAAUUCAGAAGGAAUUUGAGAGCUUGCAACCUUUUCUAGAGGCUGUUUCAGAAGAGCGACACAAUGACCUCGACAAAAUUCAACAUUGUGUGACACAAUUGAUUGGCAAAGCACGUGAAGUAGAAUACAUAGUUGAUGCUUGUAUAAACGAGGAAGCUCCUGUCUGGUGCCUCAAGCAAUGGAUCUUGCAUAUCAUGGAGGAGAUUACGGUUAUCAGAGCAGAGGUAGCUGUAAUUCGUGAAAAGAAAAUGGAUUUGGAUGCAUUGAACACUGUCCCAGCUCAGACGUCAAAUUUGGCAAGGUUUCCAAUGAUGAAUGAAGAAAUUGUUGGUUUUGAGGAUGUCAUAGAAAAUUUAAGGGAUCAACUAAUAAAAGGCACCAAAGGACGAGAUGUUAUCUCGGUUGUUGGUAUGCCUGGUCUAGGCAAGACGACUUUGGCCUACAGACUCUACUAUGACAGGUUAAUCACUUCUCACUUUGACAUUCGUGCACAGUGUUGUGUGUCUCAAGUAUAUUCACGUAAGGACUUGCUAGUUGCAAUUUUACGUGAUGCUGUCAAUGUGGACUCUGGCUGUAGAGAAAAACAAGCUGAUGAAUUAGCUGAUCAGCUUCGCAAAACUUUAUUUUCCAAAAGAUAUCUGAUCCUUCUUGAUGAUGUGUGGGAAACUAGUGUGUGGGAUGACCUAAUAGGUUGUUUCCAAGAUGUAAAUAAUGGAAGUCGAGUUAUUCUAACAACAAGAAAUCAUGAAGUUGCCACAUACGCCAGAUUUCAAAGUGAUCCCCAUCCGCUUCGUAUGUUUAACAAUGACGAAAGUUGGGAGUUACUGAGAAAAAAAGUGUUUGGUGAAGAAAGCUGCCCUCUGCUGCUAAACAAUAUCGGGCAACAAAUAGCAAUGAAGUGUGGUCAAUUGCCUCUUUCAGUUGCUUUGGUGGCUGGUAUUCUAGCUGAGAUGGAGAAGAAAGUAGAAUGUUGGGAACAAUUGGCCAACAAUUUAGGUCCCCACAUUCAAAAAGACUCUAGGUCCGUUAUAGAACAAAGUUAUCAGAUUUUACCCUAUCAUCUGAGAUCUUGUUUUCUUUACUUUGGAGCAUUUUUAGAGGACAAUGUUAUUGAUGUUUCAAAGUUAACAUGGUUGUGGAUCUCGGAAGGAUUUAUUAGAAGUUGUGAAGGCAAGAGCUUGGAGGAUAUAGCAGAAGGCUAUUUGGAAAAUCUUAUUGGAAGAAAUCUAGUGAUGGGAACUAAGAGGAGUCCUCAAGGUAAGAUCAAAGCAUGUCGCAUUCAUGACCUAUUGCAUGAUUUCUGCAAGGAGAGAGCAAAGGAAGAGAUGCGUAUCCUGUGGCUAAGAUGGGAUCAAAAUGUCAAUCCUUCUUCCCGCCUUUCUGGUCACAAGCAACUAGCUCAUCGCUUGUGCAUUGAUGGUGAAGGGGAUCCUGGAAAUUGGAGCUCGUGCUUGUCACAUGUUUUCUCUAUAAUUUUGCAUAACAACCGCCUUUCCAUUGGCCACGAUUCCCACAUUUUCCACAACUUAAAGUUUAUAAAAGUGUUAGAUUUGGAGUCCACUAGAAUUAGUUUAUUCUCCUUUAAUCUAGUUUACCUGAGGUACUUUGCUGCUGAAACAUCUGACUUCUCAAUCAUAACCGAUUGUUGGAAACUUGAAACUUUGAAAUUAAAAACUUUAGGAGAAACAAUGUCACUACCCAUUACGCUCUGGAAGAUGGAUAAAUUGAGACAUCUGCAUAUUUCCAAUUGCAGCUUUGCCAGAGAAUUUGCACUAGACUUAAUUGAGAACUCCAAAAAACUUCAUGAUCUGAAAACUCUUUCCACUCCAUAUUUUUCUUCCUGCCAGGAAGCGGAAUUUAUUUUGAGAAAAACACCAAAUCUUCGGGAACUGAGAUGCAAAGUCAAGGGUGUUUACCACUUUCAGGACUAUGUAUUGAAUUUUCCAGCACGGAUUGAAACACUGAAGAUUCAUGUUAGCUACACAGCUUAUCCAGCACAGAUUGAAAUACUGAAGCUUCAAAACAGCUACACACCAGCAAUCCCCUUUCGCAUCUCCGCUCCAAAUCUCAAAAACUUGACACUGAAGGACUUUUACCUGCAUCCUCAACACUUAUCAGAAAUUGCUUCUCUUCAGAACCUUCAAGUGCUCAAACUGAAAGACAUUUACUUUGAAGGUUGUAAGUGGGAAGUGCGUGAUGGUGAGUUCCAUGAGCUCAGAAUCUUGAAAUUACAUGCUGGACAAGUUCACUUUGAAGAAUGGACUGUCGUGGAUGAUGCCUUCCCUAACCUUGAGCGCUUGGUUUUGAGAGAUUGCAAAUUUCUUAAGGAGAUCCCUUCUUGUUUCGAAGACAUCCCUUCUCUGAAGUCCAUUGAGGUAAGAAAUUGCAACGAAAAUGUUGACAAGUCAGCGAGGGAUAUCAGGGAAACACAAGUUGAAGAUUAUCAGAAUUCCGAGUUUGAGGUCUUUAUCCACUAGAGAGAACAGAAUUCACAUUCAGGUGUGCUGUGGAUUUAGUUGAGGUAUGUGAAAGCUGGCCUGGACACCACAAUUUUUUUUUUUUUCAAAAAAGAGUUGAUAUGUAUAUGGAUUAGAGGAAGAUGUCACACCUUCUGGUGUCUUUGCAAGAAGCUUAUAUUCUGCAAGAACACAGGUGCCUGGAUUUGCUACACUUGAGCCGAGGGUCUUCCGGAAACAACCUCUCUAUCUCUUUGAGGUAGUGCUGUGCAGCCUAAGCAUAGAGUCAUCAUGUGGUUGUACACUGCCUUCUAUGUGCAACUCAGGCGUUAGAAAAUGCAUAACAUUUAUUCACUGAUUGCCUAUGGGUUCGAGAAGUUAGAGAAACUCUUAUGAUCUGGGGCGGGUUAAAUAUACAGUCUGAGAAUGUCCAGAUGGUAAUGAGCAGCAUCAAGAGGAAGCACUGGCCACAAUUCAAGACGAAGGUGGCAGCUGCGAUGCCAUUUGGAGUGCCAUGAUAUAACAAAUCUGGAAAGCCAGGAAUUGAAAAUUGAUAAGAGGAAUACAUGUAGUAAAGAGACAGUAUAGUAACACAGAUAAAGACGGAUUUGGUAGAGACAAUUAGAUCGCUGAAAAUGUCUAGAAGGAUACGUAGAGGUAGUGGUAUAUUGCUACAAGUACUGUGUAAUUAGUAUGAUCAGGGCCUGGUUUUCAUAAACGCCCUUCCUAGAAGGUGAUUUCUUGGAA